CGCACAGACUCUUGUUUACUUCCUCAUUCUGCUGAGCAAAGCUACACGGAAUAGAAGCAACGGUCGCCUGUCUCAUUCUUUCUCCUGUUUUACAGGAACCUUGUCUGUUUACAGGUACUCUGUCUGAGACCUGUUACAAAAUCAAGAUGAAAACCUUAUUUUUGUUGCUUCUCUUCUGUCCCGUUUUAUCAGCAGUGAAACACUCCCUGAAGUUGUUCGACACUGCAUCUUCUGGAGUCCCAGACUUCCCAGAGCUUGUCAGAGCUGCAGUGGUUGAUGGAAUUCUGGCAAUUUACUGCGACACCAACAAACAGAUAGUAGAGCCGAAACAGGACUGGAUGAAAAAAAUAUUCGAAAACGAUCCUCAGCACUUGAAGUUGUACAUUGGAGACUGUUUUGAAAAACAGCCAAACUUAUUCAAAGUCAAGAUGUACAGUUUGAAGCAGCACAGCAACCAAAGUGUCCACAUUUUACAGAGUAUGAGUGGCUGUGAGUGGGAUGAUGAGACUGGAGAAGUUAAUGGUUUUAGUCAGUAUGGCUAUAAUGGAAUGGACUUCAUAUCUUUUGACCUGAAGACAUUGAUGUGGAUCGCUCCGAAACCACAGGCUGUCAGCACCAAUCUGAUGCGGGAUGCUGAGAAAACUAGAAUAAAAUACUGUGAGAAUUACGUCACUCACAUUUGUCCUGAGUUGCUGAAGAAGUAUUUGGCCUAUGGCAACAGCUCUCUGAGGAGAACAGAUCUUCCCUCAGUGUCUCUCGUCCAGAAGACUCCCUCCUCUCCAGUCAGCUGCCACGCUACAGGUUUCUACCCUGACAGAGCCUUAAUGUUCUGGAGGAAAGAUGGAGAGGAGAUUCAUGAGGACGUGGACCACGGAGAGAUCCUCCCCAACCACGAUGGAUCCUUCCAGAUGAGUGUUGACCUGAACCUUUCAUCAGUCACACCUGAAGACUGGAGGAGGUACGACUGUGUGUUUCAGCUCCCUGGUGUGAAGAACGACGUCGUCACCAAACUGGACCAAGCAGAGAUCAGAACCAACUGGGAGAAGUCCAGUGACAUGACCGUGCCCAUCACUGCUGCAGCAGUUGUUCUUGUUCUCAUCCUCAUCACUGCAGUUGGACUCAUGGUUUACACAAAGAAGAAAGCCAAAUGCCCUCCAUCUCCUCCUGACGACGGAUCGGAGCUCUCUGAGAAACUGAAUCCAGAGACCUGAUUGCGAAACGCACUCAAUGAAGUUCCUUCAUAUAACACGUGUCACUUUACUUAGCUUUACAGAACUUAGACUGACUAAAACAUGCUUUCUUGUCACAAAGGGAUGUAGUAGUUUAUGGUUUUUAUAUGUAAAUGUUAAAUGUAAUCUUUUAUUUCACAUUAUUAUAAUUAAUAUUCUAAAUCUAAUAUAAAAACAAUUUCUUCAAUCAAUUCUAUUUCUUUUACCCUUCAUUUUACAUUGAUGCAAUAAUGUUUUAGAUACCAUAAAUUACUGUUUUUGAUCAUGUUAGAAUAGUAUUUUAUGGUUUUGGAAUAACUACAAGAACUAUAGGUUUCUGUAAACACUGUAUACAAUUCUCAAAAUCACCUCUUGUUGAAAAUAUGAUCUUUUAUAGGUUAUAGAUUUGGUGCGACAGGUCAGAGGAAAACUUUCUCAUACCACAGGUUUUUCAAACGAGUAGCUUUUAGUAAGACUAGUGUAAAUAGAUAGACAGUGAUGGUGGUUGGACUGCUGAGCGGGCCAUUGCAUUCACAUGAAGUUGCAGUUUAGCCUGAGCAGACACAAUGUAGAUAUAAAGCCAUGUCAUACAGCAAAGUAUCUGCUGUUUGCUUGAGUGAAUGAAGGAUUUAAAGGCAGCUUAGGUUAGGUCGGGUUAGAGAUGCAGUCAGUGCGGUCAUUUAUGACGGUACAGUCUGAUACCCACUGUAGGGCUUGAUGAUAGGUAGAGACAUCAUUUCACAUGAAUACUGGGCAUGAUGAAAAUAAAGGUCAAAAUCAAAUGUGUAUAUCUGUACACAUAAAUGUGUAUGUGUAAUAAUGAGAAAAACCUUCAUAUCUUUCAAUUAUUAUUAUGCAAUUAAGAAUUAUAUUUACAUUUUAUUUUCCAUUUUUCGUGCAAAUCAAUAAUUUUUGGCUUUUUUCUAUGACUCACUGAUUUUUGUUGUUGUUGUUUUGGAAGUAUCAUAAAGGGGAACUAUGGUUGAAUUAGCCUGCCUUCUUUGGAUGUGAUGUCAAAGUGGUGAUGUAUUUUCUGAAGCUACAGUAUGUUAAGCUCUCUGGCCUCCCAUACAAAUGGAUCUAAGUGGACUCUGAUGUGGUGUGUUUUUAUUCCAGAUUUGGUCUUGGAAUUGAAAAUACUAAAUUGGUGGCAAAUUGUGCAACUGCCAUUGUUGGUGUUUUCUCUCUGUUUGGAUUUGUUUUUUUUGUUUUUUUAUAAAUCAGGUUCAGUUUGGUUUCCAUGGGUCCACUGCCGACCUCCACUCAAAGGAGAAAACUAGGUUUAGUGUGUUUCCUACAACAAAAGAGAGGAGGGUAGAGCUCAGAUGCAUCCAUGCAAAGUAGACCUUUCAAAAAGAAGUGUAGCUGAAAAAUCUAAAAUAAAUGCAGUAGUUUGUGGAAA